CAACCUAAUAACUCAUAAUUACUCGUGACCUAAUAAAAAAAAAAAAGAAAAAAGAAAAAACCCAAUCUUCCCUUCCUCUGAAACCCUCCGUCUCCUCCUCCAUCCCAUCCAUGGCACCAAGACGCGCUUCCCCUCUUGACGUACCGCCGGCCGUUUCUUCUUCCGACGAAGAGGAGGAAACUUCAUCGGAAGAAGGAGAAACCUCCGAAGAUGAGCAGGUUCAAGCAACCCCCAAACCAACGGUUUUAUCGCCCAACACCAAGAAGACAGACGAUGAUUCCGAGUCCGACGCCGAGUCGAGUUCCGAGUCCGAGCCCGCCGACUCGACCGUCAAGCCCAUAGCGUCGAAGCCGAUGGAGGAGAAGACAGGGGCCAGAUCCAAGCCCUCCGUCGCCGCCACGCCGGAGAAAGAGUCGGCGGCGAAGAGGCCGAGAGAGUCCGAGACCACCGCAAAGGAUUCGAAGAAGCGGGUGAAGAAGAAGAGCGGCCCUGAAGUGCCUCCUCAUGAGGCGGAUGGCGACGGCGGAGCAGCGUCUGAUGAGGAGCAGGAGGAGUCGAAGAAGUCCGGCGGAGACGACUCCAAGAAGCUGUUCCAGAGGCUGUGGAGCGAGGAAGACGAGAUCGUGAUACUGAAAGGUUUAAUCGACUACGCUGCGAAGGGAGGCGGCGAUCCGGCCGCAACCUUCCAUGAUUUCAUCAAGAAGUCGCUGCACGUUGAGGUCACGAAGGCGCAGUUUUCCGACAAAGUCCGGAAGUUAAAGAAGAAGUACUCAAACAACGCGGCAAGGAAGAAAUACAACCCUACGAAGCCGCAUGAGCAGAACGUCUUCGAGCUCUCCAAGAAGAUCUGGGGCGGCGGCGGCAGCCGUGCCGGCGUCUCUUCGCCGAAGUCGAACGGCGCUGCAAAGAGUAAUGGAAAGGCUACCCUGGCUUCACCUGCAGCUCCGAAAGAAGGUUCUAGAAAGAGUGAGAUUGGUGGGAAAUCGAGCGUUUCAGUUCGUUCGAUUGAGAUGAUUAGAUUUGGUAUGAGGAGCUUACCAGAAGAGGUUGUGAUGAAGGGACUCGAUUUGCUUCCGGAUGCGAAGAAAGCCGAGUUGGACGCCAUGUGGAAAAAGCUUCACAUUGAUGAACUGGAGCUUUUUGUAGAGAAGAAUCAGUUGAUGAACGAACAAGUCAAGUUGGUCCUCCAGAAGCUCAGGUCUUCUGAUCAUUAGUGGGUAUUGGUGAGGUAUAGCCUGUGAUGGAUUUUUUGCAUAUUAACUUAUAAUGGCUUUUGGGCUUCAUUUUGCCUUUCAAAAAGGGGGUGCGGGGUGAAGAUUGUGUUAUGUGCAGUGUUUAUUGCUAAAUUUGAAGCUUAUGGCCUUUAACUAUAUUCUCAAGUUUUGGCAAUAGCGCUUCAAAUUACAAGAUCUAGCUGUGAAGGGUCACAUGAUCAUCAUCUGACCGAGCACAUUUGUGGGCGUCUGUUGGGCCUGAGUUUCCACUAGAUGAAUGGUGAUCUCUACAUCGCUGACGCCUACAUGGAGCUGCUCGUUGUCGGGGCUGAAGGCGGCUUGGCCACCCGGGUGGUGACUCAAGCACAAGGAGUUCCAUUUGCAUUUCCCAACGGUUUAGACAUCAAUGAUGAGAAUGGAUUAGUCUAUUUUACUGAUAGCAGUUCUCGUUAUCAAAUGAGAAACUACCUUUCCGUUAGAUUAAGUGGAGACACAACCGGAAGAUUAAUGAGUUAUGAUCCUCAAAGCAAGCAAGUAGAUGUUUUACUUAAAAAUCUCUCAUUCCCAAAAGGGGUGGCACUAAGCCAAAAUGGAGAUUUCCUUUUGAUUGCAGAGACCACGUCUUGCAGGAUCAUGAGGUAUUGGCCAAGAACUCCCGAGGCUGGGACUUUUGAAGUCUUUGCACAAUUGCCAGGAUUUUCAGACAACAUAAAGAGGAGUCCAAGACGAGGAAUUCACUCAAAAAGAAAAAAGGUCUUUGAAUUGAUUCUUUCAUACCCAAGUAUAGCAAAAGCCAUUCUUAAGCUUCGAUUUGAUGUAAUGAAGGCGUACACAUGUCUGGCUAAGUGGAGAGGAAGAGGGUUGAUGAUUAGGUUGAGUGAGGAAGGUGUUGUGUUGGAUGCUUGAAGACAAGAGUGGUGUGAAAUGGAAAGCUGUUUGGAGA